AUGGUGAUGGCCGUCAUCGGCAGCGGCGGACACACGGCGGAGAUGUUGACACUUGUCAAGUCGCUGACAGAUAGCACCGACACGACCAAGCUGAACAUUGGAGAGACAAUGAUCGAGGAGAUCAUCUUUGUGGCCUCCAACAGUGACCAGUUAAGCCUACAGAAGCUACACGAACAGUACCCACAGCUGGGUGAUCCUCAGCGGCAACAGCCUCCAUUCACCUAUCGCCUGCUGACCAUCACCCGAAGCCGAUCGGUCCACCAGAGCUACUUCACUUCCGUCUUCACCACUCUGGUGUCCCUCUUGGACUCCUUCAAGUUGAUCUUCUCACUACGUCCUCAAAUGCUCCUCUGCAACGGACCUGGUGUUUGCAUUCCGCUCGUCUUUGCGGCUCGCCUUCUCUCACCCAACUCACUGGUCAUCUUUGUGGAAAGCUUCUGUCGGACGCAGACACUUUCACUGAGCGGCAAAAUUAUUUACCACCUCCGACUAGCGGAUCACUUUCUGGUUCAGUGGCCCAAGCUGGUGGAGCAGUACGAUAGAGCCAGCUACCUUGGCGGUACGCUCGUCUAG